GACAAUAAAACACACUUGACUAUGCCUAUUCUUGCUCCUAUUUUCUGAUGUUCUUCGAUCUGUUGACCUCACAAUAAAAGUUCAUUAACAUUACACAUCCGGUCAAGGUCAGGGAAUGCCUCACUGAAUGUCAUUCCCAUCAACGGCAUCACUUGUUUCAGACGCUGCUUAAUGUACCUACUUCACUUUCCUACCAAAACUCUCAGUUAGGACUCACACCUGACAUUCUCCCCUCCCAAGGUUUGCACUGCUUCCAGCCAUGUACACACAUGGAUAGCUGUGCACUAGGACACAACCUUCCUCUUUGCAGAACAAGUUGACCGACACAGCAGCUAAUGGCCAUGGAAUAGUUGAGGCUGCAUCACACUCACCCUGAGAAGAAGAAAAUGUAGUCACUGCAAAGGGAAUUGUGGCCAGAGUCGAAAGGCAUUUGGGUGGAAUCAUAGGAGAUGACACCCCAGUGUUCCCCCCCAUCCACCACAUAAUUUUUAAUCUAUAGACUGCAGAUGGUUUAAACCCUCCAGCUCCCACUUCUCCAUCCCUCACCCCCUUCCCUCAAUGCAUCUUAGUUUAGUCUAAGAUAACGCUCAGAGGUAUUCAGGACAGUGUGUGGGCAUGGGCUUGGGUACAUCAUUCUGCCUUGUGGAACAGGCACAGCAGCAGCAGAAUCAGGAUAUAAGGCGCUGUAAGCCUACAAAAGGGAAGUGACUGCAGGCACCUGUGGGAGGCUAACAUGUAGCAAAACCUGGUUCCAGCAGAAUGGGGCCCAAUGUUCUUCACAAUUAGCAAAAAUCGGUGAAGCGGAGUGCCUUUAGACAUAAUCUGCACAAGGAUAUGCACUGGCCUGUCGCCUACUCCUUCCACCAUGGAGGUUAUAUGUCACAGUAUCAGUGCACAGACUACAUUAAACAGAUGAAGUCUCAGUUUCCAUUGCAAUAGGAGCAGCUCAGAUAUCCACUGCUGCUACGCAGCUCAAACUGUUACUAUGGGUGUGGAUGUCAGAGGAGAAAAUGACUUGCAGGAUAUCAUACUCUGGAAGCAAACUGUCCGAGAGACUACUAGAGUUGUGGCUGGAGCAGGUAGCAGAUUUCAGUUAGGACGUCUGUGCUGAAGAGAGAACUCUUCAUAUUCUUCAUUGAGGUUCAGAAGCAUUUUACUUGUGCCCUGGUAGCUCUGCUUGAUAAUAAUGAAUAAGUUUCUGAUUGUAUUUGAUUUUGAUGAAACCAUCAUUCAACACAACAGUGACUGUGUCAUCCUCAAAUGUAACCCAGACCAAAGUCUUCCAGAAGAAUUACUGCGGCCUCAGGAUGAAGAAUGUUGGAGUGAAUAUAUGGGCAAGGUAUUCCAGUAUCUAGGAGAGACGGGGGUCAAAGAAGAAACCAUGAGAAAGGUUCUCGCAGAAACCCCACUUACAAAAGAGAUGUUAACCCUAUUUCAGUUCCUUAGGAAGUCCCCAGAUUUAUUUGAAUGCGUUAUUAUCUCAGAUGCCAACACCUUCUUUAUCAAUAGCAUUCUUCAAGCAAAUGACCUAUCCACCGCUUUCCAGAAAAUAUACACAAAUCCUUCGUGCUUUGAUAACAAAAAUACCUUCACAAUCAGUCCUUACCAUUCCCAUGUGUGUGAGCAGUGUCCCAUUAACAUGUGCAAGAGACAGAUCCUGCAUGAUCACCUCGUACGACGUGCUGAAGAGGAAGUUGAAUUUGAUAAAAUCUUCUACGUUGGAGACGGCACCAAUGACUUCUGCCCUUCUGUAGAUUUGACGACAACUGAUGUCAUCUUCCCAAGGAAGAACUAUCCAUUGGAUAGGUUGAUCUCCGAGUUCAAAAUGACAGAACCAUCUGCAAUUCAAGCCCAAGUCGUUCCCUGGGAGUCUGGAGAAGAUAUAUUGCUUUUCCUUGAGGAUUGUGCAGGGAGAUAAUAUUGCUCCAACAUCCCUAAAAGAGAUUCAGAAAGCGUUAUCAUUUUCCAGUAGUAAUUUAAAAGCUUUUUUCGGGAAACAGUAGAGUAAAAUUAAUAGUAAAAUUGCAUGAUUCUAAAGCUUACUGAAAUAUUUAAUUAUUAUACUAGUUCAGGAUCUAACACAUAUUUCCCUAUAUCAACAAUGCUAGUUAUUUGGUCAACAAUGUAAAAGCUGUGAUUAAACACUAAUUGUGAUUUUUCAAAUGCACCUUUUCCCGGAACACAGAGAAAAGUAGUUAUAAAUGAUCUACUAUUUUAGUUAGGGAGAAAGAUUGUACCAGCACACAGUGGUAGAAAUAUUUAUAUUGUAGAUAUAUCAGUGUGAGUUCAAUUCUCAAGACGGCUUCAUCAGUAAUUUAAAAGUUUUGCAUGGAAUGUAUUAAUGUUCCUGUGAUAGUGUACUAACCAAGCUAUAAUCUUUAUGCAGCCAUCAGCCACGUAUCAGAAUGCUUCAAACAUUUAGCCAGCCCACAUCAGUGUUUAGUAAAUUCUAUGAACUUUCCAUUACAAGUUUCCAUGGAAUGUUUCCGAACAUGUAAUCUUUAAACUUCUGCAGGACAAAACAGAAAACAAGAAAUUAUUUUCCUUAUUUAAAUUUUGUAGUGCUUUGACUCUAAAUACGACUCUGGGAAAGGAAGUAAGAUUCCAGUAUCUGAAGUUUCUUGUGUCUCCAAGUAAAAUCCAUGAACUGUUUGAAAUUCACAAUUAAAAGAAGGUUUUCAUAAUACUUAGAAUGAUCGGUGAGAUAUAUCAACCAAUGGAAUACUGUUCAAUAACUUUAUAAUUGGCCUUAGUUUAAGCAGAGCGGUAGACUGAUUAUGAUCUGGUUUAAUUGUUGAAGUGUUGAUCUAACCAAAUAAUGGAUUGGAAAUGCCUGAAAUUAUAUAACAACGCAACUAAAAAGAAAAUUCCAUAUAAUACCAAAAAUGCUUGGGAUUUGCAAUGACACCAAAUUACCAUUAUGCUUAUGUUAAUAUUCAUGAAAAAUAAACAGAUUGAGAUUUUAUUUUUUGUAUUUUAAAACUAGCAUUACAUUGCUUUGGACAUCCUGGGUCAGAUUCAUGUGAGGUCACUGGGGAAGCGAUUAUCUAAUGUGUAUUGCAUACAGUGCAGUGUGUACAUUAGAAUUGUGAUUUAUUGGUCUUUCUUGUAUCUCUGCCUAAUGGGAAAUGUUGCUUCAAGUAAUAGGGCCACUUUGAAGCAGUCUUGCCCAAAGUUGUGGAUGGAUGCUGGAAACAGGCACCCUUUGACCCGACAUCUAAAGGAACAUCGAACUUUUGGGGACGGGUACUUGAGAGUUUGGCCCCCACAAAGAAUGAUGACCUGCCUUUAAGAUGGAGUCAUUGUGACUACUGGAAGCCUGUGUAACUGCAGCUCAGGUAGGGAUAUACCCUCUGGUCAAGCGUUGCUGCUGGGAUUGUGGCCCAGUCCAUUUCCUAAAUCUGUAUUUGUCAGAAUAUGGUUGGGGCAACAUCAGUCAUCCAUUGCAUGCUUGGUGAUAUCACUACUGCACGUCCACUAGCUUCUAUGUAUAAAUGCAUGGGGUCCCAGUAAAAUCUACCAAUUUACACUAAAUGCUUGCAGGGUUAAACCUAUCUGGAAGAAAACCACUGCAUAGCAAUAAAAAACAUUGUGCUACCUGAUAAACCUUCUAACCAAUGGCAUCCUAAAUUUACUUAUUAUUCAAUUAGACAUUACUGAUGAUAUAGAAGAAAUUAACCUAGAGAUAGGACAAGAACUUUAUGAAAAUGUUUAAUUCAGAAAUAUGACACAAAAAAUCACACUGCAAAAUUACUGCUGCUAAAUAAAUCACAGAGCAUGAUUUGUACUGUACUGCCGCUUAGAUAUCAGUACAUAAUAUGUAAAACUGAUUUGACUUGAAGUGCGAAGAUAUCCCUGACAUUACUGAAAGAUCUCAAACAAUUUACAAAAUUAAACUUGGACAAAGUUGAGGAAUUAAAAAUAAUUGGUGUCUUUAGCUGUUGUUGUAGAAUGUAAUACGAAACCAUUGAUGGUAACGGAUUUAACUUAACUAAAUCGAGUUGGGUCAUUUAUAGAAUUUUAGAUAAUCAGACUGAAAAUAUAUACUGCAUUGUUAAAAAGCUUUGGUGCAGCUAGAAUAAAAUUGGAUUAAAAUGUCUGUCAUUUUUUCAGCAAAUGAAUCCAACACCUGUCCAUGUGAAAUUCAUUGUAUUGCCAUUAUAUUGUUCAUCUGGAAAUCCAUGUUACUCAGUCCCGACAGUAUUGAUAUUUGUCUUGGGCAGUAAUCUGAUUCAGGAAAUAAUUCACUGGCAAUUGAUUUUAUGCUUGGCCCAAUAUUUUUUAUUCUUUUCCAUUCCCUCAAGAACAAGAAAUUAUACCACAAAUUUACUUCCUAAUAAUUUUUUUUAAAUGGGUCUAUUCUUGUAUGAAAAUGUAGAAUCUGAAUCUAAAAGGAGAAAACUGCAAAAGGAAACGUCUAACUUUUCCCCAAUAAUGGAACACAGGAUUUUUUUUUGAUUUUUUUUUUGCUCGUACUACAUUCUUUACUUUUCGCUCUGAUCGUCUCAAACCUUCAGAGUUUCUUCAAUGGCCGCCACCAACAGAGCAGGUGCUUAAGCACAACAAAUUGCUUCAUAUUUUCAAGCAUUUUCUUUGAGGAAUUGGUUGCUGUACUAAAUGAUAAUGUGCAUUCUGAAAACAACAUGCAAGCUCACAUUGAAUUUGUUUGUUCGUAAAAAGCAUGGAUUUUCCACAAGUCUCAGACCUCCAUGUAACAUAGAGCAGGAUUCCAGCAGAUGAAGGCACAAGCAAAAAUGAUUGGACAGAGAAAGAAAUGGACUAGAAGCAAUUACUGAUCCCGUGUCGCAAAUUUUGGCAUGUAUCUAAACUGCCCAAAAUUAGAUGAAUAUAUUUUGACAUAUAAAUGACUACAGUAUAGAACUGAACUACAGAAAUUACUUUUAGCCAAUUCCUAUUGAUCUAUUCUCUAUAUACCCAAGAUUACAAUAAUUACAAUUCUUGCUUUCCAAAUUCCUGCCUCAAAUUCUAGUUACCCUGAAUUUUCCUCCCAACAUGAUGAUUUGUGAGCCGAGGUGAGGAAAUUGGACACCAUUUCUUUCUGAUUAGCUGGAUGAUAUUUGCUACAUCCUGCAGCACUCCUUGUGAUUCACAUGAAACUUUGAAGAUGACAGCACUGCAAGUGUGAAUGUUAUAUGCCGGGCACAUUUUUGUACAGGAAUAUGCAAAAAAAACAUAGAUUUGCUGAAUUGUGCUCCAUGCAUUAGAGGAUUGCGAAGCUGUAUAAUUUGCCCCUGAUUUCAAUAUACAUGCAGUUGAUUUAGUGAUACAUCAAGACUCUAAGCGGGUUCUAUGUCACUCUCGCACCAAUUAAAAUGUAAGCCAGCCUAAACAUUUCUUGUCAUAUCACAUAUUAUAUUUUUAUUCUGGCAGCUGUGCUAUUUUCAACACUAACAGAGAUGAGUAUAAAAACUAGAAUGCACUCUACCAUCACAUUUUCAUGUAUUUUUAUUCGUGCCAAUUUACCAAAUACUCCAAGUGUAAUAGUGUAGCAGUUUCAAUUUUUACAAAAAAGUGACAUUGUGGAGGCAAAAGUCAGUUGUCUGCUUUGAUGGUUCAGAUUCAAAACUGAAUUUGAUUUUCUACAAACUUGGAAGAUCCAGCUACCAUUACUUUUUUAAGUCUAUUGAUUUCAUUCAGAACAUUAAAAUAAUUGCUUGGAUAUCUACAAUAUGUGUGCUAACACACAGUUAUAGUUUAAAUGUAGGUAACCUGAACAAUAACAGCAAAAGUCAACUGCAACUUAAAUUCAUCUCACUUUUUAUUUUGAGAUUGCAGUUUGAACUAUGUAAAACUAAAGAUGUAAACUAUAUAAUAUCUGAUAUUUAACAUUUCUUGACAUGUUCUAGUUCACAAAAUUAGACAUACAUUGUCCUUUACCGUGUAUGUUUAUUGUUUAGUUUGUCUCCAUAUUAUAAUGAAAGCCCCAUUGACACUUUAGCUAAAGGGACAAAUUGGUAUAGAUUCCAGUUUUGAUCUGAGUUGUUGGAUGAUUUGAUUGUAGGAUGAUCUAAUUUGGUUUGGAAGCUGUCAAUUUAUUAAAGUCAAGCUCUGAUACAAUUUAUGGUGGAUGUGACAUGUCUAAGCUGAUUGUAAAAAUAUAAAAUGUUCCAAUUUGAAAUCGUAUUGAAAUUAUAUGCAACAUUUUAGCUAUUCUCUUAUUGAAGAAAAACUAUUGAUUUUAAUCUAUUUUGUGGUAAUUUUAAUCUUCAUGUACCUUUGCAUAAGACAUUAUACCAAUAGCCAUGAGAUAAAUAUUCAGUUAUCAAGUGGCCUCUGAGUGAAAUGCAUUUGUCUGACUAUUGGUCUAACUAUUCUCUAACUUGACUCAAAUGAGAACAACAUCAGAAUUGAUAAUAGUCGUGGGCUACGAUUAUAUCUGAAUGUGACCACUUGGACAAGAAGUGGAAGAUGCCUAUUCCCCAUGGAACCAUAUUCAAGUAAGGUGCCUUCCAGGAGAAGACGAGACAACUUUUGGAAUGGAAAAAAAGGCAAAAAAGAAGACACAUUUCUGAUAUGGUGCAUUCUGAGUGCAAUGACCCUCUACAGUUUUUUUUUUUUAGUUCUUAAGGGAUUGAUAUAAGACUUUAUCAAUUUUUAAAAUAAAGCACAGGGAGGUUGCAAAGGCACUUUAACUAGAAGAUGUAAUAAGAUAUUGAACAAUGUUGGAAUUAAAAAUUUCUACGUUUUGAGCAAUAUAUUAUUUCUGCCAUUGUAUUUAAGUGUAGCUUUUUGUGUGUAGGUUAUUUGAAAUCUUUUGCAGAUAUUUGCUUGUUUUAAUGUAGCAGACAUUAUUAUAGUAAAGAAGCAUGGUGAAAAAGUGUCUAUAAGAAUGAGAUGCUAAUAUGAAUUUGUCAGUAAUUCAUAAACGGAUUGAAGAACUAUUUCAUAUGUUAGCAACAUUUUAACACUGAUUUAUGUUUCGUCAAAAUGGAACUUGUUCUUUAAUAGUCUCAGAAAUUACCUGGAAUGAUACUGAUCAGGAUUAGUGUUUUACAUGCCAAUAAAACUACUGAAAUGUAAAUAA